GCGGGCCGGCACACCCCGCUUAGGUGAAGGCGGCCGGCGGGGGAGGAGCGCGGCGGCUCAGAGCCGGCGGAGCGCUGCGGAGUCUCUGCCGUGCGCGCCCAGGGGCGGCCGAUGCCCCUCGCGCUCGCCGCUCCGCCGCCACAGCUGAGCCGCAUCUGGACCGGGCGCCGCGCGUCGGAGCCGACACCCGGAGAUCUCUAAGGGCUCCUCCCUGUGGUCCAGGCCGUGUUCUUAUCCUACCUUGUAGGCUCUCGGGCUACUUCACAGCCUUGACCUUCGCCUUCUCCCCAAGAAUAGGAAAACCUCAAGUCCCAUUAGCUGCUCCCUUGGACAGGUCUGCAAAGAGACAGGAAUAAAGCCCGAGCCCUAAUCUCAGCCCAGCCCUUGGGCAGAGCCUUACCCCUCCCCCUAAGAUUACCAGUACCCCGAAGAUUCAUCUGAGUAGCUUGCUGAGUGUGUAUGUGGUAGGGUCAGAGGCUUCCUCUAUUGCUCAGGAGGUGGAGGCAGGAGGAUGGCACCUACCUCCUUUUUGCUGUGUCGCCCUCUGUCGCCCAGUAGAGGCACAACUCUACCUGAACUGUUGGGCAUGGACUGAGCAGGCCACAAUGCUGCUUGGGGCGUCUCUGGUGGGGGCGCUGCUGUUCUCCAAACUGGUGCUGAAACUGCCCUGGACCCAGGUGGGGUUCUCCCUACUGCUCCUCUACCUGGGGUCUGGUGGCUGGCGCUUCAUCCGCAUCUUCAUCAAGACCAUCAGGCGCGAUGUCUUCGGCGGCCUGGUGCUCCUAAAGGUGAAGGCAAAGGUCCGACGGUACCUACGGGAGGGAAGGACCAUCCCCAUGAUGUUUUACUCGAUGGUACAGCGCCACCCAGACAAGACAGCCCUGAUCUUCGAGGGUACAGAUACUCACUGGACCUUCCGCCAGCUAGAUGACUAUUCUAGUAGCGUAGCCAAUUUCCUGCAGGCCCGUGGCCUGGCGUUGGGCGAUGUGGCUGCUCUCUUCAUGGAGAAUCGCAAUGAGUUUGUGGGCCUGUGGCUGGGUAUGGCCAAGCUGGGUGUGGAGGCUGCCCUCAUCAAUACCAACCUCCGGCGUGAUGCCCUGCGCCACUGCCUUGACACCUCCAAGGCAAAGAUCCUUAUCUUUGGCAGCGAGAUGGCCCCAGCGGUCUGUGAGAUCCAUGACAGUCUGGAUUCCUCACUAAGCCUCCUAUGCUCCGGCCCCUGGGAUCCCAGCGCAGUGCCUGCCAGCACAGAGCACCUGGACCCUCUGCUGGAGGAUGCCCCCAAGCACCUGACAAGUCUCCCUGACAAGGGCUUCACAGAUACGCUCUUCUACAUCUACACGUCAGGCACCACAGGGUUACCCAAAGCCGCCAUCGUUGUACACAGCAGGUAUUACCGCAUGGCUGCCCUGGUAUACUACGGAUUCCGCAUGCGGCCCAACGACAUUGUCUAUGACUGCCUCCCCCUCUACCACUCAGCAGGAAACAUCGUGGGAGUUGGCCAGUGCCUGAUUCAUGGCAUGACCGUGGUGAUCCGGAAGAAGUUCUCAGCCUCCAAGUUCUGGGACGAUUGUAUCAAGUACAACUGCACCAUUGUGCAGUACAUCGGCGAGCUGUGCCGCUACCUCCUGAACCAGCCAACCCGGGAGGCAGAGACCCAGCACCGGGUACGCAUGGCAUUGGGCAACGGCCUCCGGCAGUCCAUCUGGACAGAGUUCUCCAGCCGCUUCCACAUUCCCCAGGUGGCCGAGUUCUAUGGGGCCACCGAGUGCAACUGCAGCCUGGGCAACUUUGACAGCCAGGUGGGGGCCUGUGGCUUCAAUAGCCGCAUCCUGUCCUUCGUGUACCCCAUCCGGCUUGUCCGUGUCAAUGAGGACACCAUGGAGCUGAUCCGGGGCCCUGAUGGCGUCUGCAUUCCCUGCCAGCCAGGUCAGCCAGGCCAGCUGGUAGGCCGCAUCAUUCAGCAAGACCCGUUGCGCCGCUUUGAUGGCUACCUCAACCAGGGUGCCAACAACAAGAAGAUCGCUAAGGAUGUCUUCAAGAAGGGAGACCAAGCCUACCUCACUGGUGAUGUGCUGGUGAUGGAUGAGCUGGGCUACUUGUACUUCCGAGACCGCACGGGGGACACAUUCCGAUGGAAAGGCGAGAACGUGUCUACCACCGAGGUGGAGGGUACGCUCAGCCGCCUACUGAACAUGGCUGACGUGGCGGUGUAUGGUGUCGAGGUCCCAGGAACUGAGGGCCGGGCAGGAAUGGCUGCCGUGGCCAGUCCUACAGGCAGCUGUGACCUACAGCACUUUGCACAGGCCUUGGGGAAGGAGCUCCCCCUGUACGCCCGCCCCAUCUUCCUCCGCUUCCUGCCUGAACUGCACAAAACAGGCACCUACAAGUUACAGAAGACAGAGCUGCGGAAGGAGGGCUUUGACCCAGCCGUGGUGAAAGACGACCUCUUCUACCUGGACGCCCGGAAGGGCCGUUACGUCCCUCUGGACCAGGAGGCCUACGCCCGCAUCCAGGCAGGCGAGGAGAAGCUGUGAUCUGACCCCAUGUCCCUCUGAGGCCCAGCAGAGGCUGGGCCUAGAGCCGCAGCUUCUACUCGAGAGGGGUCAUGGGUGAUGCCAGACCAAAGCAAGCGGGGCCCGCACCUCCAUCCCAAGGUGCUGACCGCCUCCCUCCAAAACGUGACACACUGCCACCUCCCCGCUCUGCCAGGGGCUUUCCGUGAAAGCCUCCUCCUGUCCAUGUUCUGUCUCCUGGGCCAGGUGGAACCUGGGGGCCCCAGGCUGAGACUGAAGCACUUUCAAGACCAUGACUCGGGUUAGCCAGGGCAGGGAGAGACAGGUCACCAAGCUCCCUCCAGAAAGCAGGGAGCUUGUAAAUAGGACCAAGGCAGAAGUCCUCAAACUCAGGAAGCCAACAGAGAGCAAGGGAGUGGCCACCCAGCAGGUGGCCAGGAGAUCCUGGCUCCAGAACCACUCAAGUGGCAUUCAACCCUGCUCGAGUCUCCAAGACUGGAAGAGGAGGGCCACCCAGCAUGGCUGCCCGUGUCCCCUCUUCAGCAGAAAGUCACGACAGUGUCCCUUGUCUCUGCACACUCCUGCAUACUUGUCUCCCUGAGGUCUGCCUGGCGGUCCCUAAGGUGGGACAUUUCUAUCUGUCACCUCCAUCCUCGUCUUGGCCUGACUAUGAGAGGAGGAAGCUUGGGGUGGGGGGGGUGGGCUCAGGGGCCAAUAAACUCUGCCUCGUCUCCUCUUAGUCUGUGUG